GUGGAUGCAACUCCAGGAGCUCCCCGGACAAGGCCACGGCCCCGCAAUCAGAGCCCUCCUAGUUGCGCCCUCGGGGAGGGAGGAGGGGGGUGGCCCGCGGGAGGCCAGUGGCCCGCGCGUCCCGAAGUCCCUCCCGCCGCCCCGCGUCGCUUUAAGGCGGAGGCCCGGGAGGGGGCCGACCCCGCCCGCCGGCUCGGCGCGCGGCCCCAGGCGUCGGCAUUUCCUCCCGGCUCGCUGCGGCGGCCUCGCUUCCCCUCGGAAGAGGAAGCUCCCGGGGCCGAGGAACGCCAACAAGCGCGGGGCGGGCGGGAGCGCGGCGGGGGACCCCGGGGGCCCGCGGCGCCGGGAGGGGCGGCCGGGGGCUCCAGGCGAGCGCGGCGGGACCAGAGGCUGGCCGGGGACGGCGCGCGGUGGGCGCGGGGCGCGGCCGGGAGCCGGGGCGGGCCGCAGCUGGAAGGAGAGCCCGAGCGGGGAGAGGAGGCCGCGCUGGAGGGCUGCUGUCCCCGGCCCUGCGACGGGGGCGCCGCCGCGCAGGCCAAGGAGACCGGCACCGCGGGGCUGCCCCGGCGCUGCGCGCAUGCUGGGCCGGGGGCGCCGCCGGGGCUCGCGCCCUGGGCUGCUCGGCCGAUGCUGCCCCGGGCGCCUGGCAUGUCGGUGCACUACACCCUCAAUCUGCGCGUCUUCUGGCCCCUGGUGACCGGCCUGUGCACCGCCCUCGUGUGCCUCUACCAUGUCCUGCGGGGAAGCGGGGGCGCCCGGGCCGAGCCCCCCGACGGCGCGGACGGCGGCUUCCCGCUGCUCAAGGUGGCCGUCCUGCUCCUCCUCGGCUACAUCCUCCUGCGCUGUCGCCACGCGGUCCGGCAGCGCUUCCUGCCCGGCUCUCCCCGCCUGGGGGGCCACUCCUCCUUCUCUCCCAGGCGCUUCCCAGAGCCCAGCCUCGACAUCUUGCUGGAGAGUUACUACGAGCAUGAGGUGCGCCUGUCGCCGCACGUGCUGGGCCACAGCAAAGCACACGUGAGCCGGAUCGUGGGAGAGCUGGUGCGGGCUGGCCGCGCCCGAGGGUCCCCGGGCCCUGUCCCCGGGGGGGCGCUGGCCUUGGCCUUCCGCGGAGACUUCAUCCAGGUAGGCAGCGCCUACGAGCAGCAUAAAAUCCGUCGGCCCGACGGCUUCGACGUGCUGGUGCCGCUGCGCCUCCCGCCCCUGGUGGCGCUGGAGCCGCGGAGCCUGGGCGCGGAGCCCGCGCUGGCCCCAGCCUUCCGCGGCUGCUUCGUGUGCGCACUUAAGGCGCCGCCAGGGGCUUCCGGGGGCCACUGGCUCCGGGACUGCAAACCCUUCGCCGAUGGCUUCUGCGUGGAUGUGCGCGGGCGGCGCCACCUCUCGGCUACCCUGGUACUGCGCUGGUUCCAGGCGCACCUGCAGCGCUCCCUGGCCACCGUGCGCUACAGUCUGGAGGGGCGUUGUCGGGUCAGCCUGACCCCAGGCGGCCUGGAGCAGCCUCCCACCCUACACAUCCUGCCCUGCUGCACCGAUUACGGCUGCUGCCGCCUUUCCAUGGCCGUGCGUCUCAUCCCUGCCGUCCACUUGGGCGACAGCGUCUUCCUGGUGGCACCACCACCGCCACCCUCACCCGUCGGGCCCCUGUCGGAGCUCCCGGGAGGCCUGCGCACCGAUGCACUGUGGGGUGUGAACACAGCGCGCCAGGAGCAGAAGCUGCUGAGCUGGCUGCAGGAAAGGGCCCCUCCAGGUGCCUGCUACCUCAAGUGCCUGCAGUUGCUCAAAGCUCUGCGAGACCUGGGCGCCCGCGGGCUGGACCCGACGACCGCCGCCCAGUGGGGACGCCUCCUAUCCUCAUAUGUGCUCAAGACGGUGCUGCUGGCAGUGCUGCUGCGCGAGGGGGCUCCCGCACAAGGCUGGGACGAGGCGCACCUGGGCGAGCGCUUGGAAGAGCUAGUACAGUUCCUCAGGGACUGCCUGCUGCGACGCCGUAUGCUCUUCCACUGCGUCCUGGGCCCUGGAGGGGCGGCCGCGGAGGUGGGCCCACUGCCCAAGGUACUGCGUGAAGCCGCUCCGGUUGACCUCCUGGCCGCUUUCGACAGGCAAGCCCGGGAACUCGCGGCGGCGCGGUUGCUGUCGACGUGGCGAAGUCUGCCCCAGCUUCUCCGGGCCUAUGGGGGUCCCCGCUACCUUGCCAGGUGUCCCCCACCCCGGAAUCAGCACACACAGGGGUUCCCUGAAGAUGAACCCUGACCUGGCCUAGUGCUCCUGAAGCCUCACCCACCAGGUGGGGGUGAGGAUGGCAAUGAAGCCAGUUUAAGGCAAGGUGAUGACCUGCAGAAGGCGUUGGAACAUUCAGAGGAUGACAUUUGGUGACUUAAACAUCACCCCUGGCUCCACAUUGCAAAUAGUUACGGCAUCUUUUCCACGCGCACUAGAGUGUUCUGGGCAGGCUACAGAAAGACAUCCAACGUCAAGAGUGUUCUGGGCAAGCUACAGAAAGACAUCCAACGUCAGCAGCUAAGAGUUGGUCCAAAUGUUGGUUUGUGUGGAAUGGUUCUGUAGAAGGAUGCAGCUUUUAGGGAGGUUCAGUAAAGGAAGCAAGAACUAGCUGCAGGGAAAGUUCCCUCUGUUGGUUGUUUACACAGGUCUCUCUGCCCCCACAUUUACAGAAGCCACGGUUUUUUGACACAACUGCCUGGUUAAUUACCCAAAGCCUCAUCCAUCCUCAAGAUUUUUAAAUUUUAUUUCUUUUAAUUAAUGGGGCAUUGUGUUUGUGAAUUUUUAAAAUAUUGAUGUUUUAUUUAAUCGCCAUGCUGAGCAACUGUUCUCUGUACAUGGUAACCAAAACCUUAAAGAUUUCGAUCAAUUUUGAUCAAUGUUUAGUAUUCCAAAACAUGUACUGUGUACAAAUGAAAUAAUAUGGCAUGUUAGCCAGGUGUGAUGGUUGCCCAAGGCACUUAAAUUAAGCUCAAGUCUGUAUUUUAUUAGGGCUCCAUCAUGUCCUUGAUCUGAAAUAUAUACAUUUUUGGUGUAUGCUUGGUACUGGAGAGUCAUAUAUGCAAAUAGUCUCAUACAGGGAGGCUCAAAAUUGUUUGUGCUUUUAAAAAAAAGAUUAACUGUCCGGCCAGUACCCGAAGAAAGUCUUUUGGGGAGAUGACUCAGCCAUUUUGCCUUAAGACACCGUUUAGUAACUCCCACUGACCAGUCUUGGGAGCCAUCCCGGAAUGCUCGUGGGCUGAGAGAAGAAGAUGUUUUUUGCAAAAUGAAACUGAAGCUAAAAGAAGGGGAAAUGUGAGCAAACCAAGAGAAAUCUGAAGAUUUCAGAAAGGAGGACUUAAGAUGGAUGUGAAAUGAAGAGCUGGGCAGAAGGGGAGAUGAGGUGGAAAUCAUAUGAGUGUGUGAGAGGUUUGGGUUAGGAAACACAUUUUCUAGAUAUGUGCUACUUCAAACCAGGGGUCGCAAACUCAGCAACCUGCAGAAGUGCAGUAGGGAGGUAAACAAGGGAAGGUGCGGGCGGGAGCGCUGUGCCCUCUGCAGGGGGCACGUUGCUCAGCUCCCUGCAGGGAAAAGGCUGGAAAUUUUUUUUUUUUUUCAGCUUUAGUCCCUGUAAGCCUUUUUUUUUUUUUAAUUUUAUUUUUUUAUUAUUUUUUUAAUUUUUGGGGGGUACACCAAGUUCAAUCAUCUGUUUUUAUACACAUAUCCCCGUAUUCCCUCCCUCCCUCAACGCCCCCCCAAAGGCUGGAAAUUUUAAAAAUCGGAUUUUUUUUUUUUAAAAAGGAAACGUUCUGAUUUUUAAACAACAUUAUUUUAAAAUAUCCAAAACACAUGUGGGCUAAAAGACACAUUUGGUUGAGCCUGGGGGCCACCAGUUUGCGACCCCUGCCUUACACAGUUAACCCCUCAAGUAUGUAUAAGGGGAUAUGUGUUGUUAUGGAUAUGAUGCUGUUAUACAUGGUUGGGGGUGUGAUGUUUCAAGUCUUUUUUCUCUCUCAGAGCUAAGCUUUAUUGUAGAAACAAACCCUCAAAAUUAACAGGGCCACAGAUAACACUUAACUCACAAUUCCCAGAAGCAUUCUCCAUCCUGGAGUCAGAUUGGACAUCAGACCACUGGGGGCCGGUUCUUGGCAUUUUCUUCCUGGUGAGCUGGGGCUAAACUCUGGCUCUGUUGGAGUCUGCAGAUGAGUCAUCAGGAAGGAUUGCAGAAAAACUUGUUUCUUUUUUAUCUGUAUUUUAUUCUUAUUUUUAAACGUAUUAUUAUUAUUAUU